AUGGCAUCUGAAGAGGCCCCACCUACAAAACCAAAGUGUCCUACCUUAGAGUUCACCAAGCAAGAUUUUUUGCAGACAGCAAAAUUUGUCAUUGCCAAACACCAUGAGAAAAUAAACGAGAAUAAAGUUCAAGGUACUUCUGUAAAUGUUUUUAAAAAUAAACACCAAAAAAUGAAAUCUUACAAGUAUGUACCUUUUGAAGUUAAUAAAAAGGAAACACUUGAUGUAAUCCAAGAGCAUCGGAUGGCACUCAGACAUAUUCCCAAGGAGCCUCUAAGAAGUGACUAUUUUGAGGAACCCUCAGAACUGCAAAUCGCUGUCCAGGAGAACCAUGUUUUAAAUAUAAAAGAAAAAUACCAGCUUAUAGAUCCUUUUACAAAAGAAAAUGUUAAACUGAGUACAAUCAUGACUGAUAUUGACUCUGUGAGUAAAAGAAUGGAAAAUGAAAGAAAGCACCAUGGAAAGCUCAGGUCAUUGGAAUUCUUACAGACCCUUCCAACCUAUCCUGGCUUGCCUUUACAACCCACGGCCUCUUUCCUGAGAUUUCAGAGAGAAUCUGGCACGGUAGUGCUGCUGCAGGAUCACCAGUGCGCCUGCCGCCGUGCCCCUGUCCUGGCCUUGGCUGUCACCCCGAGCUGCAUGCGACUUCGGAGUGCUGUUCAGAUAGCUGUCCGUGCAGGACACAAGUCAGUCCAUGGGCAACCAGCCCUGGGCUCCCAGCUUUCCAUCGAGAGUCUUCUCAUCCUCAACCCCAAACAUUUGGUAGUUAAGUGGCUAUCAGUGUCCUAUUUUCUAUCUGAAUCUCAGGAAUCUGUAGACAUCCACCUGGAAUAUGUGAGCUGUGCUGUGCUGAGACCUCUCCCUGCACUCCUCCAUUCUGAAUUAUUGUCAGGCAAGAUGUAUGACUGGAGCGGCACCGUGUCUUCUCGUUUCACUGGUGUCAACAAACGGAGUUUAUCUGCAUCAUCCACGGUGUUGCAGGAUAUUGCUAAAACCUUCAAGAAAAAAGAGCCAAAACCCAUCGAGCCAGAGCCAGUGCUAGAGAUAAGGCCAAAAGAUGUUUCAAAAACAGAUAAAUUGGACAGUAAAGUGAAAAGAAUUGGACCACACAUAGAAAUCUUCCAGGUGUUCCAAGGAAGAAACCGAUUCAUAAUUACAAAAAGAGUAAUCAAAUUGAUCACCAUCAUACAGGGAUAUAUCAGGGGGUGGCUUGAACGCAAAAGAAUACAAAGAAUAAUGAAGAAGGUUUUGUACCAUGGCCCAAAUCUGAAAGCAGUGAUGAACAUGUACCGAAUAGUAACGCGCCGUGUCAGACAUCGGCUUGGUCUUUGGAAGACAAGACAGAUUGUGAACUUCUCAGAGCUGGAAGAAUGGAUGGACCGAAAAAAAUUCUAUGAAACAAUGUUUGCCAAGAGAGAAGACUGGCAAGGGUUAGAAAGAAGUGACCUCCUUAAGUACUUCAAUGAAUGUGGCCAUUUCCCAACCCAGAGCCAGAUUGACGACUGCUGGGAACUCUUCCAUAUAGGUAGCCCAGGAAGAUAUUCUGAUAUGGUCAAAAAGCCCACUGCAAUUGAAAUGUUAUUUACACUUUAUCCUCCUCAAGGGGCCAAAGUACGCGAUAAUAGUAGACUUAGGUCCACGUGGCUGCGACCCAUAGUAAAUGGAGAAGAAGGCUACAAAUACAUAGUAAGUGGACACCCAGUUCUCAAGAGAGCUAACAUCCGGAUUGUUGGCAGGUUGGUGGCUAACUCCGUAAGAGAAAGGAAAAUGAGACAAUUUUUUAAAUCAUAA